GUGAGUGAGUGAGUGAGUGAGUUUCAUCAUAAAAAUGGCAUCACCUGGACCUGACCGCAGCGCUGCCGAGUGAUUUACCGAGAGCAAUAAAUCCACGGAACCGGUGCCGCAUCACCGUAUCAGGACGACCACCAUCAUCAGAGGAACCACUGGACUGGUGCCUGUUUGGAUGUUUGCGUGAUCGCAUCGCAGUAGCCUACGUCGCUUGUGUGUUUCGCGUUGCUUAUCAAAACGUUCGCGUGCCUGCACUCCGGUUCGGUGUCUAUUGUGUGUUUCUGUGUUUUUGUGUGAACGAAAGUCUAUUUUGUUACUGAUAGUGAAAGGAGGGUGUUUGGUGUGUGUUCCGUAGUUAAGCUGGCGACGUGAAGUGAUACGGGCGCGUCGCAAGUGUGCCAGUGAACGUCAAAGGAUUAGCGUUAAAGAGAAAGAAGACACCGGGAACCAGCACGGCGACCUGCGUGUAGUGUCCACAGUGAACCACCGAACGAUCGCCCACAAACCGGAAGGCGCAACGACGCAAAGGAUUAUCCACGUCAGCAGUCGUUAGCCCCCCCCCUUCCCGGGGUGCCGUCCGGCACCGCUAACCGUAAACCAUCGCCUUCAUCAUCGUCAGAGAAGCAGACGACGAAGAGCAGCAACGAGCGCAAUCCUUCCACCAUCCACAGAACCAUCCUGCAGCCGGGAGGAAAAUGAGGAAAAGUGAGCGAUCAACUGCCUGCUGGGCAGUGGGGAUGCUGUUUGGUCUGGCCGUCAGCUGUGGAUUAAGCCACAGCUUCCCGGAGCCAUUCAUUUCCACAAUUGAUACCGACGCACCAACCGUUGCACCGAAAUUUAUGACUCGAGGGCAUCUCUACAAGGCCAUCAUCGGGGACUCGAUCGAGCUGCCGUGCCGGGUAAAGGACUUGGGUACGUACGUGCUGCUGUGGCGACGGGGGACAUCCGUGCUUACCGCGGCCAAUUUGAUGGUGACGCGUGAUCCGCGGUUCAAACUGGUCCAGGGCUACAAUCUGCAGAUAGCGAACGUGAAAAUUCAGGACGCCGGUGAUUAUAUAUGCCAGAUCGGUGAUAACGAGAGCCGGGAUCAGGUCCACACGCUCGAGAUACUCGUGCCACCGACGAUACGGGUGGUGCCGCAGAACCGACAAAUCACGGCCCGGAAAGGCAGCACCGUAACGCUGGAGUGCAAGGCAUCCGGCAACCCAGUUCCCGCGAUUUACUGGCACAAGAAGGAUGCUUUCACCGGUGCGUCCCAUCUGUCCGAAAGCCCGACCUUGCUGUUGGAGCGCGUGGAUCGACAUCAUGCCGGCAUCUAUCAGUGCACCGCCGAUAAUGGCGUCCGUGAAGCGGUGCACGUGGACAUCGAGGUCACCGUGCUGUCACCACCGGACAUUACGGUCGAGAAGACUUGGGUUCACGCCAGCGAGGGUUUCGACAUCGAUCUCGCGUGCAUCGUACACGGUGACGUCAAUUCCGAGAUGCUGUGGUAUCAAAACUCCUUUCUGCUGGAUCCCACCGAUCGACGGUCGAUGUUCUCGAAGGGCGACAAGUACACGCUCAACAUAAGAAACUUCCAGCAGUCCGACUUUGGCAACUACAGCUGCGUGGCCGACAAUGCCUUGGGGCGCACGAAGAAGUACAUCGAAGUUUCGGGCCGCCCCGGACCGGCCACCUUCCUAUCACCGGCCUACAGUAACUAUCUGGAUCGCUACAAUCUGACGUACACGAUAGAGUCCAUUCCGCCGCUCGACGAGAUCAAGCUGCUCUAUCGAAAGCUGAUGAUGAAUGAAACAUAUCAGCAUCCGGGCAGCUGGGAGGACACGAUUUUAGUGCCAACAUUAACCAGAUCCGAUGCUACACAUUUUAUUAUGUCGCAUGUGAUAAGAGGACUGUCGCCCAACUCCGUGUACGAGGUGAUGAUCCAGGCGCGGAACGUGCACGGCUGGAACGAGAUCAGUGAUAUUCACCAGUUUUACACGCGCAACUUUGAGCUGACACCGAACGAGCUGGAAUUCGUAAUGAGCUCGAUCUCCAACAAUGGUCAACCGAAGCGUUUCUCCGGGGAGACGAGCCACCAACUGAUGCUGUUGCUGCUGCCGCUGCUGCUGCUGCUGCUCCAGCUGGUUGCUGCCACCACCGGACAUGCCAUGCCACUUGGGCACCUCAACCCGUUGCGUUAAAUGCUAAAGCUGGGCCUGCGUCUUGGUUGGAGGAAGCAUUGGCGGAGCGAGUAUUUUCAUUCACUUUGUUUAACGAUGAUUGGAUUUUUGGUUUCGUCCGCCCCCGAGUGAAUCCAGUUUUUAUCGGGUUUGCGCAAAAAAGGUAGAGCCGUGAGCGUUUUGCGUUUUUUCUCGAAUAUCUUAUCCCUCAUCAUACCUUCUCAUCGUCCAUUUGUAAAGCAAGGCCAAUAGGUUUAGGCGCCACGAAGGUUAGCGAAGGAAUUAGACGGUGGGUGUCUUCAGAGGCAGCGACACUUUAUACGCAAAAAAGUGGUCUAGAGUGGUUCGGCCGUUAUGUGUUAAAAUCAUAGCACCGGUGAAAGUGAUAUAGCGAUAGAAACAGAGCGUGCGAUCGUGUUGCGUGAUGCGUAUGUAUGUAGUAGGACGUACUGGCACGUCGUCGGCGUUACCCAGACUUAUCUUAGAUGCCCUAAGUAUAGACCGAUGCCGACCGAUGCUCUUACAGUACUCCGAGCGUAAGUGUUUUCAUGUGUCCAACCGGCAAAGAAGCCGUAGAUACAAUUAAGAACAGCGAAGAAUGAGAGAAGGACUGCUACAAGUCUCUCUGUAACGGGGCAAAAUAUCUAGCACGCCAAGUUGUAGCGUAUUUUAGUCAUGGAAUCAGAACAAGCGUGUCAGUCUGUUCAGGUCGCAUCCCGCCUAGAUUGAUGUAAGACAGGACAGGUUGCAAGUUCUGGAAGAACACCCACAAGAAAACCAUUAGCUCGCGCUAAUGGAUUUGAAGGAUAGCCCGUGCUCGCGUUAGCGGACGAAAACUUGGCCCUCCAAGGGGUGUCUGUGUGGUGGUGCAUUUUUAAUUCAUCAUCCGAAACACCUCCUUCUGUUGGGUCCCGAAAAUCACGGACCAAAUUCCGUUUAGUCGACCCAGGAUCGAAAGUUCGACUUCGAGUUCGAGAAAGUUUGGUGACGGAAGGUAAGAGAUCUUGCUUCCUGCUGCUACCGGGGGGGUGCCGGAGUUCAAUUCCCAAAGUCCCUUUCCAUCCCCUGGUAACAGCUGCUCUGUCGGUCAACCAU